AUGUGCGAGGACAAGUGGAUUGAACGUGCGUCUCGUGUCAAAAACGGCCACAGAUCUCCGGAUCAAUCAUUUCCGAGACACACGAGAAGCGUCUUGACAUUCUUCUGCUGUCGGGCGCCCGGGAAUGACGGACUGGUGGGACCUCCGCCGAGAUCCGGCAUCGUUCUUGGCCACAGCGAAGGGAAGAGAAGGGGAACGAUGGCGUCGGCGAUUCAGCAGUUGGCGUUGGGGUACAAAGAACACGGUCGUCCGCUCGGUCAAGAACGCCGGUGGCAAACGGCAGUGGCUCCCCGCCCGGGGGCCCCCAACUCCCGGGCCUCGCGCGUCACGGGCGAGCGCAACGGAUCGAAUCGGGCUCGCGUCACGGAGUCGGUAAAGUCCGUACGAGAGGCGCGACGCCCAAUCCAGCGGAUCGGCGCAGCAUCCCGGCCGGGCCCCGAGAGUACACCACGGUCGCAGCGGAGAACCCACCGGCUUCCGCCACGUAGGCGCGGUCCCGGUCAAAAGCGAGAGAGCGGGCGGCUAAAAAGGCAAAAAAGGCAACGGUCGCAAAGGCCGACGACGACGCAAGCCCGGCUUACGCUCGGCUUACGCGACUGCCGGGGAAGAAGAUACGUUCUGGCCCGGCGUCAGCGGGGUACGAGAGCCACCUCGUUCGUUGCCCGAGUGGCAUCGCGACUCGUGGAUUCCACGAGCACCAACGAGAACGAGAGAGAACGAGAGAGAGCUGAUGAGGAUUCCGGUGCGAUCCGAGGUCGUCUGGAUCCGUCAUCCAGGUGGGGACCGAGGCACCGGCAGAUUCAUGUGGCCGGACAGGCGGACAGGCGGACACACGGACAGACAGACAGACAUCCGCUAAGAGAUGGCGCCGGUGUCCGAGAGGAUCCAUUGCGAGCUCGUGCUGCUACUCUAGAGUCCAGCGCUGGUGAGUUGUGGACAGCGAGGAAUUGCUGCAGGCGUCCAGGAGUUCGUUGGUACGUGGAUCAGCGGCAGCGAGUCAGUCAGUGA